UUAAUGUCAAUUUGCAUAAUGCAGCCCAAAAAAUUCCUUAAAUUUAAGUUCUUUAAACCUGCAGAUUCGGAGUAUUCUGUCUAUAUAAUAAUGUCCUGAAGAUUAAAAUAUUGUACUCCAUAUUAGGAAAAUGUUUAAUCAUACACAACAUCUGUACUAUGGAGAAGACCAAGACUUCAUCAACAACACAAGUAGACCUAUCUAAAAUUUCUGUCAGAGAUCCCAUUAUCAUUGCUAUAACCUAUAAUGCUAUGUUAGAUGAGCUUUUUGAAGUAGCAGCAGGAUGUUUCUCUAUGUUUAAUGUCCUGUCCAUUUAUGUGUUAAGUGUUUUGGGCCUGCUUAUCCAUUGCAUCGUUACAUCAGCAAAUCAGCAAAACUUUCUAUUAAACAAUGCAACCUAAUGAACAAGUAAUCCUUGGUUGAGGAUAAUAAAGUCCUUUAUGAGUGCCACUAGCUAGUCAAUUUACUUUUGAAGUUACUAAAUUUAGGAUCUUGGCAGUGAUUUGACUUUUUGCAAGUUGAACAUAGCCAAGUGGUUUUAAAUUAAAGUCUCUUAUAAUUAUGCCACUUUAUCUUCAUGAAAAAAAUAUAGCAAGCUUUCAUCCCCAUCUAGUUGAAUAUUCCGUAUUCUAGUAUUGGAUAAUAUAGAAUUGACUAGCUGCAUGUGAUUUUUCCUGUUUGCUGAUAGAAUACUCAUAGUAAAAGUUUAGAUGAAGAUUAUAAAUACUAAAGAACAAGUAAUGCUGUCUAUAGAACAAAGUUUAUAGCGGAAAGAAAGGUGAAGGGAAGAAAUGAGAGAUCAACAUGCUAGGCUUCGUGUCCUUUUUGGAUUCCAGUUGUAUCUCUCAAUGCUAGUAAUUCUUCCUGCACUGGGGUUGGCUCACUCAAACUGUGUUCUCUUCAAUUUUGGGGAUUCAAACUCUGACCCGGGAGCUCUUAUGACUGCUCUUGGCCUCUAUCUAGGCCCCCCAUCUGGUCAGCAGUUCUUCCACAGGCCCACUGGUCGCUUCUGUAAUGGUCGACUAUACAUCGAUUUCGUUUGUCAGAACUUGAAGAUGGAUCUUCUAAGCGCAUACCUAGAAUCUUCAGGGUCAGAUUUUAGCCAUGGUGUAAAUUUUGCUGUAGCUGGUGCUUCUACUGAAGUUAGUCUGUACAACCCUUUCUCAAUAUCCACUCAGGCAGGGCAAUUUGGCCACUUCCAGAAUCGCACAAGAGAGCUCAGGGGACGAGGUACUUUCGGUAAAGGAUCAAUGAUCAAUGAAAAGGAGUUCAGGAAUGCUGUUUAUUCAAUAGACAUUGGGCAGAAUGAUGUUAAUCUUGCUCUUGUAGCAAACUCAAGAUAUCAAGUAGUUGUCAACAAAAUUCCAAUCAUCCUCGAGAGGAUUGAAAAUUCUACUAAGGCAUUAUACAAACUUGGUGCUAGAAAAUUUUGGAUAUACAAUACUGGGCCCUUAGGCUGCUUACCACAAACUCUAGCAUUGCGAAAGAAGAAUGACAGUGAACUGGAUGAAUUGGGGUGCCUGGCACUUUAUAACAAUGGUGCAAAGGCUUUCAAUGACGGUUUGAGCAACCUCUGUGAUAAAUUAAGAACCGAACUCAAGGAGGCUUUAGUUGUGCACGUUGAUAUGUAUGCUAUCAAAUAUGAUCUGUUUGCCAAUCCUGGGAGAUAUGGCUUUGAAAACCCAUUAAUGGCUUGCUGUGGCAACGGAGGGCCUCCCUAUAACUAUGUGGACAAGAAGACUUGUGGUGAACCGACAGCAACUGCUUGCGCUGAUCCAUCUCAUUCUGUGAGCUGGGAUGGAGUUCAUUACACUGAAGCUGCCAAUGCUGUCAUUGCAUCCAAGAUAAUGUCAGGCGAGUACUCCAGGCCAUCUAUUAAUCUGAAAAAUUUCUGCAAGGAAGUGCUUGUUUAGGCUGCAUAUUGGAAGUUCCUCAUAAUAAAUUAAGAGGCUAGAGUUGUAUGAUUACUGGCACAGCAUGUCUUUAGGAUGAUCAUCCACUUUACCUCUAUUUCUGACUAAGUGGUCGAGCUGGAAGUGUUUGAUAUUGCGCGUAUUUUCGUAUUAACAAUGUAUUAUUAUGGACACCUCAUUGAUUUUUCUAAUCUACAUAAUGCUUAUAAUACAAAAUUUCCAAUGAA